UUUGACCACUUGAUGCAUAAAGUUUAAAACAAUCAAAACUUGGUUCCCUCCGUAAUCACUAUUAUUGCUUUGAUGAACCAAUCAAGUAAUUAAAGUAAAACUGGAUAGUGGGUCCCCCCAGACGUUGAAAAUCCACAUCACCUUUCUCAUCUUAAAAGUAGUGGACCAGAUCCCUUCUUCCAAGAUUACAUUACAUAUUCGAACGUUAACCUUUAAUUUUUGGCCCCAUCUAUUUAAAUUAAUCUCUUUCAUUUAUCACACACCUCCUUCAAACUAGCCGUUACACUUACUGAUCCUCACUCUCUCCUCCAAUCUCAAAACCUCCAUCUUUUCCUCUGUCAUACUCUAAUGGCAGCGUCUUUGGAGAUACCCUCGCCUACCCAUCUCCACAAGGAAUCACCUCACUUGUUAAUGGGUUCUCCUAAUUUCAGUCCCUCCUCAGACAGGCGAUUCUGGAGUACCCUCCAUGGCCGAGUAGACGCGCUUCUCGACGAUCAUAACUCCAAAAUCUCAUCCGGGAAACUUCCCCCAAAUCAUGAUCGCCCCAUAAAGAGCUAUAAAGAUUCUGGACGUUCAAAGCGAUUAAAGGAUGACACAUUGCUUUUGAUGAGAGGGUUUGACUCGGUUGCUCACACUCUGUCUCAACUAUCAAACCAUUUGGACAAUGCUCUUCAGGGAGCUAAUGAUCUUGCUAAACCACCCACCUUAACAGAAAUAUUUCACAGUAGCUUAAAGGAGUCAGCCAGUAACAAAGAUGAAGUUGUAGGAAAACAAGAAAAUGAGUUAGAUCCCAACAAAGGAUUGAAAAGAAAAUACGAAACCAGCCAUUGCUCAGAGGAUCAAGAAGAGGGGCCAAGAGAUGAAAAGGAGCAGGAUCCGAAAGAUGGAAAGCUGAAUAAAGCCAAAAAUCUAGCAGUUACCAUGGCAACAAAAGCAGCUUCACUUGCGAGGGAAAUGAAGUUAAUAAAAUCAGAUUUAUGUUUCAUGCAAGAGCGGUGCUCGCUGCUGGAAGAGGAGAACAGAAGACUAAGAGAUGGAUUUGCCAAAGGGAUAAGACCUGACGAAGAUGAUCUGGUGAGACUUCAAUUGGAGACAUUGCUAGCUGAAAAAUCCAGAUUGGCAAAUGAAAAUGCAAAUCUUGUAAGGGAAAACCAAUGCCUGAAUCAGCUUGUGGAGUACCACCAACUGGCUUCUGAAGAUUUUUCUUCAUAUGAACAAGUUGUACAAGGAAUGUGCUUAGACUUCUCGUCUCCGCCCCGGCUCGUGCCAGGAGAUCAUGAGCAGUCAACUGAUGAGGAUCAUGGCGAUUCAGAAUGCUUCCAAACACCUGCCGGUAAACAUUUUGGCUUCGCCACCCCCGAUCUCGAUGAGUGUGAAAACCACACUGAAGGGGCAGCAGCAGCAGUACCGUAAUUGAAUUGGUUGACAUUUUGAGUUGUGAAUGCUGUAAUGGGGUUCAUCUUUUUGCAAAAAAUUUUCACUGGGUUCGGAAAUAAAUGCUACAAUGUAAAUUUUCUUCUAUAUAGUUCAUAUGAGAUAGUAGGCCACUUUUCAAUUUCAAGCAAUGAAGCUAAUAAAUUUAUCCCCAAAGUUGGGGUUAGGUUAAUUAAUUCUCUUCACAGAGACAAAUAAACAAACACAUUAUCGACAAUACAAAAUUACACCCAAAUCGAGAAUCAUCGUCGAUCUCCACUACUGUCGCGUUCCUUCUCAACCAGUUGCUUCUGCUUCUCAACGAGUUUAUCUAUAGCCGACUGUACAGCAUCACGGCCGCCGAUGAGCAACCGGGUCACAAUUUCGGGAUCCGUUUCGAAGCGGGCGAGCUCGAAUUCCCUCCGGGCGUUCUCUCUGAGGACAUCGCGCCACAGAACGCCCUUGGAGUCGGGCCACAUGAAAAAUCGGGUAGUUCGGAGGAUGUCUCGGUAGAGACUGAGUGCCUCUCGGCGCGUGCUGGUCAAUCGCCUCCGCCUCAAGAGCUCGUCUUCUUCUUCGUCGUGGAGAUGGGAUUUGUCUUUCUUCACUACAUGUCGGUCUAUGAGCUCCUCCAGCGUGUCGGGUCCUUCGUGCAAAAGACGACGGGUAAGGUUAGAUACGACGGCGUUUUGGGGAAUAAGCUUUAAAGGGAGGCGUAGCUUCGUGCUCAUAUUUUCCACUUCGAUCGAUUUUGCAAAGGAAAGGAUUGUGUUGGUCAGGUGGGGAGGAGGACUCUAGUCUAGAUCUCAAUUGUGGGUC